UACUCCACACCAUUAAAUACCCCGUUUCUUCCGUUUAUCCCUAAAACCACCUAUUUAUCCCUUUUAAUAUCUUCUCGCCGGGAACCACCAUGAUUCACCGUCUCGCCGGAGUAGUCUUCCUCCUCGCGCUCUCCACACUGAUCGCCAUCGACGGCCGUGAUCUUCCCUCAGAAUUGAUCAGAUUACCUUCCCAAGCCUCCAGAUUCUUCCGUCGCUGGGGCGGUGCCGAUGACAAUAAAGUCGAUGGUGACGACUCCGUCGGGACCAGGUGGGCGGUCCUGAUUGCUGGAUCUAACGGUUACUGGAAUUACAGGCACCAGGCUGAUAUUUGUCAUGCCUAUCAACUCCUUAAGAAAGGUGGGCUCAAAGAUGAAAACAUCAUUGUUUUCAUGUAUGAUGACAUUGCUUUUGAUGAAGAGAAUCCCAGGCCUGGAGUCAUCAUUAACAGCCCUCAUGGAGAUGAUGUUUACGAAGGAGUCCCAAAGGAUUAUACCGGGGAAGAUGUUACUGUUAACAACUUUUUUGCUGCUAUCCUUGGAAACAAAACAGCUCUAACUGGGGGUAGUGGGAAAGUUGUGGAUAGUGGACCAAAUGACCACAUCUUCAUAUACUACUCUGAUCAUGGGGGUCCUGGGGUGCUUGGGAUGCCUACCUUUCCUUACAUUUAUGCGGAUGAUCUGAUAGAUGUUUUGAAAAAGAAACAUGCUUCUGGGACCUAUAAAAGCUUGGUAUUUUAUCUUGAAGCUUGUGAGUCUGGAAGUAUCUUUGAGGGUCUUCUUCCUGAGGGUUUAAAUAUAUAUGCAACCACAGCAUCAAAUGCAGAGGAGAGCAGUUGGGGAACUUAUUGUCCUGGAGAGUAUCCAAGUCCUCCCCCAGAAUAUGAAACCUGCUUAGGAGAUUUGUAUAGUGUUGCAUGGAUGGAGGACAGUGACAUACACAAUCUGCGGACAGAAACUUUGCGUCAGCAGUAUGAAUUGGUUAAACUAAGAACUUCAAAUGACAAUUCUGCAUAUGGCUCCCAUGUCAUGCAAUAUGGUGAUGUAGAACUUAGCAAGGAAAACCUUUUCCUGUAUAUGGGUACCAAUCCUGCAAAUGAUAAUUUCACUUUUGUGGAUGCCAACUCCCUGAGGCCAACUUCAAAAGCUGUCAACCAGCGUGAUGCUGAUCUUUUACAUUUCUGGGACAAGUUCCGCAAGGCUCCUGAAGGCUCUCCAAGGAAACUUGAAGCUCAGAAGCAAUUUGCUGAAGCUCUAUCACAUAGAAUGCACGUGGACAAUAGUAUAAAAAUGAUUGGAAAGCUCUUAUUUGGAAUUCACGAAGGUCCUGAGGUGCUGAAGACUGUCAGGCCCGUAGGGCAACCUCUUGUUGAUGACUGGGAAUGUCUGAAAACACUGGUUAGGACAUUUGAGACGCACUGUGGAUCUCUAUCCCAGUAUGGAAUGAAACACAUGCGCUCCAUUGCUAACAUCUGCAAUGCUGGAAUAGGGAAGGAGCAGAUGGCUGAGGCGUCCGCACAAGCUUGCGUCAGCAUUCCUUCUGGUCCUUGGAGCUCCCUUCACAAGGGUUUCAGUGCAUGAUUGAAGUGGGGUGCACGUCUGAAAGACCAAUUCCUUGAAUGUAUUCUGUAUUUUGGUGUUUAUAUUCAAAUUAAGGUCAUCGUUUUGGUUAGUUGUUCGUCAGUACGAUGCUUCAAUGUAAAUACAGCUCAGAAGCACAUCCUUAUCCGACCAAUCUGUCAUAUGAAACUGGAUGUUCCUACUGUUAAGUAAUGUUACAAUCUUAAAUGCGUGAUAUACGAUUAUGAAACUGGAUGUUUGUACUGUAAGUAAUGUUACAAUCUGAAAUGCUUGAUAUACGAUUUAUGAAACUGGAUGUUCGUACUGUAAGUACAACCUUAAAUGCUUGAUAUAUGAUUUUGUAUUA